UGAGUUCAUUAAUCAAUGCGUAUUUAUACGUUCAUUAAUGCUUAGUUAAAAACACCAAGGGAAACACAAAGAACCAAAAAAAAAAAAACAAACAAUCAUGUAUGUGACAAGGCCUCUCUCAAUGUAUCGAGUAUAUCCUUCAGCUCGUUCAUUAUUUCCUCCCGAGGGUCCGAACUCUGGUAUAUUGGUGAUCCAAGAUGAUGAAACUGAACCUACUUGCUGUUUUGGGUUGGUCAAGAGUACUGAUUAUAUUAGAGCCCUGCCGUUUCCUCAAAACAAGAACCUAGAGGUUCUGUUUCCGGACGGGCCGGACUUCACUGAAUGCACCCGUGUUCUAUUCAUUCCCGUUCUUAACCAACCAUUGUCUUCCAAACAAUACUAUGUCAUUCAAAGGAAAUCGAAGCAUAAAGGGAAAGCUUACGUAAACCGCAAGAUUAAGGAGGGCGUGAAAACGAGUCGUUCCUGCAAUCGUACAUCCUGUUUAGAACCACGACCUUUGGAUCCUAGAAACAUAUAUCAACGAUUUCAGAUUCAACAGCGAAAACGGGGUACCUUUGUUGCCAAAUCUGUAGCUUCGGAUGGGCUACCUCCAAAAUUCUUAAGGAGAGAUGGUUGGGAAUUGGCUGCUUCAACUCCCAAGGAGUUCCAGCUGAGCGAAGCACCAGGCCUUAACAUGGCUCUCCGUGCCCGCCUUCCAGACUUCAGCUUCCCGUUGUCACAGAAUUGUUCUGAAGCUGUGAAGGUGGGGAAGUGGUAUUGUCCUUUCAUGUUCAUCAAAGAAGGAAACAUACUUGAAGAUCAGAUGAGGAAUUCACCCUAUUAUGAGAUGACUCUCGAGCAACAAUGGGAGCAGAUUUUUGCUUGUGAAAGUACGUAUAAUGAAGACAAUACUGUGAGUAUAGAUGUUGCUGUCAAAUGCCAAGUGGUUAAAAUUGGUGGGACAGAAGCUGUGUAUGACCAGAAGAUUGUUGCUGGUGGGGUGAUGUGGUUUAGGAGUGUUAGCGAUGUGGAACGAGAAACAAAUGUGGGAUUGGGAUUAGAAAUUGUGGAGAGAAUGAAGUGGGAGCAAGAAAGAGUCGGGUGGGCCGGUGACCGGCAAGUGAGCGUGAAGAGAACCGAGGAGUUUGAUGGCAAGGGAGAGUGGAGGAAAUUCGGUUGCUAUGUGUUGGUUGAGAGGUUUGCAUUGAAGAGGAUGGAUGGAAAUGUGGUGCUGACCUUUGAUUUUAGGCAUCCUCUUCAGAUUAGGAGCAAAUGGGAAUGACAUAAUUGCAGUCUUUUUUUUGCUAAUAAAUCACCUAAAACUGUAUUUGAAAUGCUACGAGUUCUAGGCCUACGAAGGCAGAAGCAUGUAAGAAACGUUUGGUGUUCUGCGAAUAAAAUGUGGCUUUACACACUGAA